AUGGAUGAUACGAUGCCAGAUAAUGUGUUCUAUUUAAAAAAUGAUGAAUUUUAUGGUUUUGUUCGUACAUUAGUUGGACAACAAAUAGUAGAUAUUUUAAAGUUUCAGUCAAUAACAUCUACACAAUCUUUAAUCCGCUACCUAAAUAUUUUUGAUAUAUUUACAAUGGAAUGUUCCCAGCUCGAUUUCUUGUUGAUUAGAAAAGCGGCAUGUUUGGAGCUUGAAGAUGAUAAAUUUCUCGUAAAAGUCGGAUUAAUUAAUAAUUUAAAUCAUUUACUUGAUUAUUUAAAGCAACAACAAAAUAAAAUAAAUGAAAAUAAUUAUAUGGAUGUAGAUUCAAGUUUAACACUCGAUCUUAUCAACAAACAUCCAUUGUUAAAAAAUUUGGUUGUUUUUUAUCAGCGAAUUGGAAGUGAAGGUGUUACUAAUGCAAACAAAAAUGAUUUUUUAAUAGAUUUUAUUAAUACUAUUACUAAUAACUUGACAAAGUCAAGUAAUCAUUUUCGAUACAGUGACAAAGUCAAGGACUUCGCUUUAUCGUUAUAUAUUUUAGGUGGAAAACUCACAUAUGAAUUUAUUCGAUUAAACAUACCCGGCUCAUUACCAAGUUUAACAAUGUUGACUACAUUAAUUUUAAAUUCAAAUUCAGAAAUUAGUGAAGCAGAAUUUCGAUCCGAUCAGCUUCAAAGUCAUUUUGAGAAUCUGAAUCUUCAAUAUGCAUUUAUUUCCGAGGACGGCACUGGUAUUAUAAAAAAAAUCAAAUAUGAUUCAAUAACAAAUAAAUUUAUUGGAUUCCCUACGCCACUUGAUCAUGGGGUACCGAUUAAAGAGUAUUAUAAUACUGAUUCAUUAGAUACAUUGAAAUUAUGGUUCAAUUCAGUUGAUAAAUCAUCAUUAUUAAAUGUACAUAUGAUUCAGCCAGUACAAUCAUCAACUCAAAAUACAAUUCCAAGUCCUUUUUUACUAUCAGCAUAUGGUAUUGAUAAUACAGCUACAGCGAAUGAUAUAUUACAAAGAUGGUGGUAUAUAUUCAAUGGUGACCCGACA